AUGGACAAGGAGCUCAAGGGUAUGACGAUCGACUAUGGAAAAGUGCAAGCAUUACAUUUAACAUCAGUAUCAACUCAAACAAUAAAUCAGGACGAAACACCAAACGAAUCGUUUGAAAUAAAAUAUCGAAAACUUUUAGAACAAUAUGAAAAAUUAGAAAAAGAAAAUCAAGAUUUAACAACAGAAAUUAAAUGUUUAAAAGCAAAAAAUAAAAAAAAGAUAAUUAAAUACAAAAAAAUAAAACAAUGUGCAAACGUGUUAGAUUUAGAUAUCAAUCUUUUAAAGCAAUGCAAAGGUGACAGUUCUACAAUAACUUGUCGUAAUGUUACUCGAGAAUUAUUCCCCGAUGCUGCUGAACGAGCAUCAAAAACAAUAUCAACAAUAGAGAAUACUAAGGUUACAGCAAUUGUAGGUAUGUAUAAAAUAUAA